AUGGCCAUGAAUCAAAUAAAAGGCCACAAUAUCUAUGUCGGAGGCAUAUUAAGCGCCAAAAACAAAGCAGCAUUGGCACGUGCAGAUAUCUCGCAUGUUCUCUCGGUGCUGCGUCUCAACCCAGCUGAGGAAAUGGAGACGUUCAAGUCUUACCAGCAUCUUUCCAUAGGACUUGACGAUGUCGACGAUGAAAAUUUAUUGGAACAAAUCCCCGCCGCUAUCAAGUUUAUUCAGUCCGGCCUAGACGGUGGUGGAGGUGUACUCGUGCACUGUGCGAUGGGGAAGUCCCGCUCCGCGGCCAUUUGCAUCGCCUACCUGCUCCACCGGCAGCCGGCAGCACUCACACCGCAAACUGCCCUUGCGCUGAUCCGCCAAAGCAGGCCCCUAUGCGAGCCAAACGAUGGCUUCAUGGAACAGCUGAAUUUGUACCAUGAGAUGGGCUGCCCAGAUGAGGUCACCGACCACCCAUCGUAUAAGCGCUGGCUUUAUCGCCGCGAUGUCGAAGGAAGUGUAGCGUGUGGCCGUGCCCCAGAGUUGAAGUCUGUGCGAUUUGAAGAUGAACAGCCCGUUCAAUCCCAAGACCCUACCGGUCGAACGGUCGAGAUUAAAUGUCGAAAAUGCAGAACCAAAUUGGCAACGACUCCAUUCAUCAUCCCGCAUGAAGAAGAGAAGAAAAACACUGCCAAGUCCUCAGCAACUGCCGAUUGCGGGCAUGUCUUCCUCCACCCCCUGACCUGGAUGCGUCCCAGUCUCUUCCCAUCUGAGGUCGGAGCUGAUGCUGGCGCGGAUACAACAUACGGCGCUCAUCCUGACGAUGCCCCCCUCUCCGGGCGUCUCACUUGCCCUAAUCCUGUCUGCGGGUCUAAUGUCGGCAAGUUUGCAUGGCAGGGUCUUCGAUGCAGCUGUGGUGGUUGGGUCGUGCCAGCCAUCGGUCUGACCAAGGCCCGCGUCGAUAUCGCAUACCAGGUCAACAUGGCUCGCGCUAACCCUGCCAUCCGUCUUCCUCCGGGAAUGCGGGCCCUGCCAGCUAAUGACUCUGGGCGUGGCAAUCUUUGA